UGCCAAGAGGAGGAAGAUGGCUGACAAAAUCCUCCCUCAAAGGAUUCGGGAGCUGGUCCCGGAGUCCCAGGCUUACAUGGACCUCCUAGCGUUUGAAAGGAAACUGGAUCAAACCAUCAUGCGGAAGCGGGUGGACAUCCAGGAGGCCCUGAAGAGGCCCAUGAAGCAAAAACGGAAGCUGCGUCUUUAUAUCUCCAAUACUUUUAACCCUGCAAAGCCCGAUGCAGAGGACUCCGAUGGCAGCAUUGCCUCCUGGGAGCUUCGGGUGGAGGGGAAGCUCCUGGAUGAUGUACGUCCUGGCCCAGGUCUCUCCAGGUGUCCUGGGCCCAGCAAGCAGAAGCGGAAGUUCUCUUCCUUUUUCAAGAGUUUGGUCAUUGAGCUGGACAAAGACCUGUAUGGCCCCGACAACCACCUUGUUGAGUGGCACCGGACACCCACAACCCAGGAGACGGACGGGUUCCAGGUGAAGAGGCCGGGGGACCUGAGUGUGCGCUGCACGCUGCUCCUCAUGCUGGACUACCAGCCUCCCCAGUUCAAACUGGAUCCCCGCCUGGCCCGGCUGCUGGGGCUGCACACACAGAGCCGCUCGGCUAUCGUGCAGGCCCUGUGGCAGUACGUGAAGACUAACAGGCUACAGGACUCCCACGACAAGGAGUACAUCAACGGGGACAAGUACUUCCAGCAGAUUUUUGACUGUCCCCGGCUGAAGUUUUCCGAGAUUCCCCAGCGCCUCACAGCCCUGCUGUUGCCCCCUGACCCAAUUGUCAUCAACCACGUCAUCAGUGUGGACCCGUCAGACCAGAAGAAGACAGCGUGCUACGACAUUGACGUGGAGGUGGAGGAGCCGCUGAAGGGCCAGAUGAGCAGCUUCCUCCUAUCCACAGCCAACCAGCAGGAGAUCAGUGCUCUGGACAGUAAGAUCCAUGAGACGAUCGAGUCCAUAAACCAGCUCAAGAUCCAGAGGGACUUCAUGCUAAGCUUCUCCAGAGACCCCAAAGGCUACGUCCAAGACCUGCUCCGCUCCCAGAGCCGAGACCUCAAGGUGAUGACGGAUGUAGCCGGCAACCCCGAAGAGGAGCGCCGGGCCGAGUUCUACCACCAGCCCUGGUCCCAGGAGGCCGUGAGCCGCUACUUCUACUGCAAGAUCCAGCAGCGCAGGCAGGAGCUGGAGCAGUCGCUGGUCGUGCGCAACACCUAGGAGCCUGCGACUGAGCACCGCCACGGACCAGGGACGGGCUGGGGGGCCCUGGGGAACUGGCCAGCUGUGCCCUGGGCCAGGGCCUGGCUUCUGUGCUGCCUCAGGGGCGGGAGGACUGGAUUAAAGAUGGUUCACCAACACA